AUGGCUGACCUACGGUGUGAUGGGAACGAGAGUAGCCUGUUUGACUGCUCGUACGCAGGAUGGGGGAAUCACGGCUGUGAAGAUGGAGGAUAUAGAAGACAUAGACAUGCCAGCGUUGUCUGUGAUCCCAGCAGAAUCCGUCUCAUCGGUGGUUCCGGGCCUAAAGAAGGACGCGUGGAAGUCCGACCAGACGACAGUAUGACCUGGGGCACAGUUUGCCACAACCGUUUCAACAUGAACGAUGCAGACGUUGUUUGCAGAAUGCUGGGUUAUCCUAACGCUACCCAGGUCCGAAAUGGGGCAUAUUUUGGCCAAGGAACAGGACCAAUCUACAUGGAUGACCUACAAUGUGAUGGUAACGAGACCAGCCUCUUUAACUGCUCUUACGCAGGGUGGACGAUUCACGACUGUGAUCAUGGCCAAGAUGUAGGCGUGGUCUGUCGUACAGAUUCUAGCAGAAUCCGUCUUGUCGGAGGUUCCGCUCCAAACGAGGGGCGUGUGGAAGUCCGGCCGGCCGACAGUUCCAGAUGGGGCACAGUUUGUCACAACGGUUUCGACUUGAAGGAUGCAGAAGUUGUCUGCAGGAUGCUGGGCUAUCCGAUUGUAUAUAGAGUGCGCCCUUUUGGCACAGGAACGGGACCGAUCUACAUGGAGGACCUACAGUGUGAUGGGACAGAGAGUAGCCUGUUUAACUGUUCGCACAAGGGAUGGAGGGUUCAUGACUGCAGCCGGUGGCAUCAUGAAGAAGUCGGCGUUGUUUGCGCUUUGUUAAAAAAUAAUACACAUUUAGAUUCCAGCAGAAUCCGUCUUGUCGGAGGUUCCAGUCGGAAAGAAGGACGUGUGGAAGUCCGACAGGCCGACAGUAUGACCUGGGGCACAGUUUGUCACAACCAGUUUGACAUAAAGGAUGCAGACGUUGUUUGCAAAAUGCUUGGCUACGCCAGUGCCCAACUAGUUCGCAAUGAUGCGUAUUUUGGCCCAGGAAGAGGGCCAAUCUACAUGGAUAACCUGCGCUGUAAUGGGGACGAGAAUAGCCUGUUCAACUGCUCGUACCCAGGGUGGAUGAUAAACGAUCUAAACUGUAGCCACGACCAAGCUGCAGGCGUGGAGUGUACAGUCGAGGACGGGUCAAAAGUACAUGUGUCAUCAGGGGUGACCCUGUCAGUGGACUACGACCCUAAGACUGACUUCAUGUACUGGUACGGUUUUGGAGGCAUCAAUCGGGCUCGUCGUGAUGGAAGUGGGCAGGAGACCAUUGUUAGAGAUAUAGGACUCCUGGGGGUCCUAAGGUUGGACCAUGCCGGUGGGAAUGUGUAUUGGAGCGACGAUGCCGGACGCAUCUCAGUAGCCCGGAAGGACGGAUCGUUUGUCAGGACACUUCUGACGAUCAGGACACUUAUGACAUUACAAGGCUCCGCCCGGCACCUGGUCCUGGAUCCCGGAAACGGACUCAUGUACUGGGUGAACCGUCCCAAUAUUGACCGAGCAGCGAUGGACGGCAGCAACCACACUACUAUCAUCAGGAACCUGAUUAGUCCCUUUGCCAUUACAAUAGACUACACAGAUAAAAUGGGUCUCUGUUUUCACAGACUCAUGUACUGGGUGAUGAUGUACUGGGUGAACCCUCCCACUAUUGACCGUGCAGCGAUGGACGGCAGCAACCAGACUACAAUCAUCAGGAACCUGACUGAUCCCAGGGUCAUUACAAUAGACUACACAGAGAAUCGGCUGUACUAUUCCGAUAAAGACGCAAUCUACAGCUCAGACAUGCUCGGCAACAAUAUACAACUUGUUAAGCCUGGAGACGGGGAAUAUGUCACAGGGAUAGCGGCUGGUGCUGAUUACAUCUACUGGACAGAUUACUUGACUGGUGAAGUCAUAAGAUUAUCCAAGUCCAGCAGGAAUCAGACUUUUCUGGUUGAUGGCCUGGAUCUUCCAAAGGGUAUCUUCCUGUCCACGGCGUCGCCUCCUAACGUCACCAAUGGUUAUCCAAGUCCAGCAGGAAUCAGACUGUUCUGGUUGAUGGCCUGGAUCAUCCACGGGCCUGUUCCUCGUCCAAUGGAGGAUGUCGGGAGCUUUGCCUUGCGCAUCCGGGAGGGAGAACGUGCGCCUGUCGGGAUUCCUGGGAACUGCAGGAGGAUGGACUGA